GUCAUGUUUUGGUUCUCCCCGGAAGAUUAAACUAUCGCAUUCGCACCGCACUGUCCUGAGAGUAUGUAGGAUGAUUUAACGAUGUGAAGAACUACAUCUACAUCUAAAAACCUGCUGCAAUGGAGAUAAAAUGGAAUGAUGCUCCUGUCUCUGCUCCGCUUGUGUUCUCCAGAGAUGUGUUUGACAAGUUCACUCUCGCGCCCAACGUCAAAGAACUAUUUGCUCUUUUACACAGCUCUAAUAGAAAAUCCGAGGAGACCGGUGAGAAAAAGCCAGACGGACCCUCAGCAGAAGCAAAGACUGUGAAGUGUGAUGGAGGUUCAGAUGUCAGUAACAUCCUUGCAUCAGAUGAGCCCACGUCUGAAUGCAAACCAACCGAAGCCAAACCUGUGAAGAGAACUGAGAUCCCAGCGUUCCCUGAGCCUCUAGUGCCCUACCCUUGCUUCUCCACCCUCAGUAUAAAGAAUCGCAAGAUGUAUCUCAACAUGCUCGCCCGCAAGAAUUACUUCAAAGCUUCAAAGUGUUUGAUGGAGCAGGUGAAGAACGAGGUGACAGAGUUUAUGAAAUACCUGCAAGAUGUUUCUAGAGCAUGUGCUGAUGGGUACAACUAUAUGCCACCAGGCAGCAGCCGCUACACUGAGGAAUAUUUUACAGCCUGUCUGGAGCAUGUGAAGAGUUACCCACAGGUUUACAGCAUUCAAGAGAUUACUAGUCUGACCAGUGUAAAGUUUGUGGGUGAACUCUCUCUCAACUUUGAGAAACAGCUUCUUGCUUUGGGUAAAAUAGAUAUGCUAGACAAAAAAGUCAUGGCAGAAAACACCCAACUUCCUGUAGACUAUGAGACCGUGUCAAAUGUGGUUCCUCCAGCUAAAAAAGCAACUUCAGUUCACACUGCCAUCAGCAAUGACAGUAAUGCAGAAAAACUCAGCGCUACUUACGAGCCACAAGUGUGUUUAUCUAAAGAGGCCUUCCUUCAGCUCCUGAAUAACAGCUCUGAGCUCACAGAAGCUUGGGAGCUCCCCGUUUGGGUCAAAGUGAAUCCCAUGAAUGGCAGCAGUCAGAGUAAGACGGCAUACAUCGAUCCUCCUCUGCUGAAGACGGAGCUGAGCUGGAGAGAGAGGAGCCUGCUGUUUCAUCAAGAGAGCGUGAAGCUGGCAUUCAAGAAGACCGUGUCACGUCCUGUGUUUUUCCUCACUUCAGAAGAGCUGCCUGUUGAAAUGCAGCCUCCUCCUGAGCUUUACUCUGCCCAGGACAAGAUCUCCAGGAGUAUGGCUGCAUUUGAUGAUGCUGGUAUGGAUUUUGGGUGUGAUCUAACAGACCUGGAGUCAUUUGGGGAGUCCUACAAGCCCAGUAAGAAAGUGAAGGAGCAGAAUGAACCAAAAACAGCUUCUACAAAUCCAACCGCAACUCCAUCUCAACAUAUCCCAAGCCUCAAGAAACCGACAGACUCUGUAGGUACAACAAAACGCACCUCAACAUCUCAAGACGCUCCCACAGAACCCCUUGAGUUGACUGUGGCUAAGGUCCAAGGAGAAACCGACACUUUGGCCGAUGAGGGAGACGGUACGCUGAAUAAAUGUGCCAUUUCAGAGAAGGAAAGUGUGAGUGAAGAUGCAGAAGAGAAGAUGGAAACGUCUUCAGCUCAGUGUCCUCCCACCGAGCGGCCCAGACAUAUGAUGAAAGACAAGACAGACAAGGAUUUGGAUUCUGAUGAAGAACGACUAGUCAUAGAUGACAUUUUCUCCCCACAGAGACCUCAGACCCAGGUGACAGCCGCAGAGGUGUCCUCCCCACAAGCACCCGAGCCAGCCACGCCAGGCCCUGCAAACCCUUCGGGCAAAGGAACAAAGAAGGGCAUCAAAAGACCCCGAAUAUCCGGUGAAUGCGAUCAGCUCGGACAGAUUUUGAAGAUGCAGGACGCCAUGCUGAAAUCCACCCCCAGCAAGAACCAGGAGCCUGUGAAGCCCCACGUCCCAGAAGACAAACCUCCAGAAGCUAAAGCCCACUCGCUGGUCAAACAGUGUGUGACGUUGUAUCUGGAGUCCAGAGCGGGACAGGAAGAGGACACCACACUGCCUGCUGAUGUUCCUGUGCUGCUAGCCACUCAAAGAAAACGUCUUCUGAAGGAGGAUCUUCAGGUCAGUGCUGAGGAUGAGAUGGACUACGAUCCUCCAGCAGAGGGCAGCGCUCUGUACAAACUCUACAGCCUGCUGGACGUUCUGCUCAUGGUGCGCAGCAGUGUGGACAUCGCUCACCCCAGACACGACAAAGACACCUUCAGGGCCGUCCCGGUGCAUGUUUUACCCAAGCUGGAGUAUCAGCUGUGCUACGGGGCCGAGAGUCUGACCCACACUGAGGCCUGUCAGCUGUGGGCCGAGAAACUUCUGCACUCCAGUACUGUGUCCUUCAUAAGUCGCAUCAAUGCACACACAUCAGAAGUGGCACAGAUGCAGAUGUUGCCCGACGACUGGAUUCAGAACGUCACCUGUGACUUCAAGCCAACUAGAUGUUUAAACACCCUCUACCACUUACUGAAAAAAGUCUCAUCAUUACUGGAAGGACGAUACCUGUUAGUCCACAAACCUCGUGAGGGUUUCGUGACCAUCUUUAAAGCUAGCGAUGAGACCAAGGCUGCUCGCGGGGUGUACCACCUGCAGAAUGCACACUGCGGACCCCCAGCUGUGUCUCCGGGGAUUCCCUGGGUUCCCCUGGACCCCUCGUAUGUCCUGCCAUUUCACCAGAAACACGGCAGGCCGCCCUGCACCUUCCCCCCACGUCCACCCCCUCAGGCAAAAGGUGGAACAGGACCUAAGCAACUCCAGGGAAAAAGCACGGUGAGACCGCCACAAGCAGCCAAUCAGAAUCAAUCAACAAAGAAGCGUAAAAAAGGCACAAAUAAGAGAGCACGGAGAGACAACAUGAGAGUUAAGAUGAUGAAAGACCAGCAAAAAACCCAAACUAGUGAAGGUGGAAAGGAUGGAAAGCCUUGAUUUUGGAAAAAUCAAUUUUUUGUGUAAUUACUGUAUUCAUUGUUUAAAAGCACUUACUACCCCUGAUAUUAUGUACAAUGACUUAAAACAUAUUUUGUAUAACUUGUUAACAUUUUGAAACAUUCCUUACCAUUAAAGAGCAGUUCAUAUGGUA